AGGAAGACGGAAAGGUGGACUAUCCAUUCACCACGUGUCACUUUAAGAACGUCGGUGAUCACGUGCGCAGCGCUUUUCACACACACACAAAAAAAAGUUUGACAUAAAUUUCGAAAAUUAUUUUGCAAUUGUCCAAGUUCUUCAUAUUGUCCGAGAAAUAAACGUGGAUAGUGGUACGAUGGACCGGAUAUCCCAGAAAAUUCUGACUUCAGGAUUUGCUCUUGACCUGGGACCCCUGAAAGAGCCCUUGGCAUUUAUUCGAGUGCUCGAAUGGGUCUUCUCCAUAUUUGCCUUCGCUACAACGUCUGGUUAUGCCGGCUCUACGAGCAUCAACGUGCAGUGCCAUGGAGGCAGCAGCCAAGAAAUCACUGCUGACUUUAACUACCCGUUCAGACUCAUGGCUCACCCGUACAGUGUGCCCUCCUGUAAGAACGACUCCAGCACUAUCCAGAACUAUCUGACCGGCGACUACUCUUCCUCAGCUGAGUUCUACGUCUGUAUCGGGGUGUUUGCCUUCCUCUACAGCACCGCCAGCCUGGUGAUCUACCUGGGCUACCAGCACGUCUACAGGCAGACCAGCCGCGGCCCCAUUGUGGACCUGCUGGUGACAGCAGCCUUUGCCUUCCUGUGGCUGGUGUCCUCCUCUGCCUGGGGUAAAGGCCUGACUGACGUCAAGUGGGCUACCAGCCCCUCUAACCUGGUAGGCUUAAUCUCCACCUGCAAGGACGUCGGCAACAAGUGCACACCGGGAGCAGUGCCUCACGUGGGACGACUCAACUCCUCUGUGAUCUUUGGAUUCCUCAAUCUGAUAUUGUGGGGUGGUAACUGCUGGUUCAUCUUUAAGGAAACAUCUUUCCACAAGUCAGCCAACCCCCCUGCGGACGUAGAGGAUGGUUCAGGGGUCAGGCCCCUGCCGUCCUAACUGGGCAGUUCUCUGCUGUCGACGGCUGUGUUCCAGACUGCCUGCAAAUGCAGUCACCACUGCAUCAAUUACCCAAUCUUUGGGGCGAAUCUUUAACUUCCACUCAAAUUCUCACAUAGUCGUGCAUCGAUGCCAAUAGGAGACGAUGUGACUUUGUGGAAGUUAAGAUUUUUCCCCUCUGUGUGAUUUCUGACUUGUUAAACACUUAUCCAGGCGUUUUGAGAUGUGACUAUGCAGAUGACCUGGAACAGGGCUGCAGUUCCCUCCCAACCAAGUAGUUCCUUUACCUUUUUCAAAUGAUUUGUAAAUUGGUUCGAAUGCUGCUUAGAAAUGUCUAACGUAAACUUAACCACUGUUUCUUUCAUGCAUUGCCAACAUUUAUUUUUCAAAAGCUUUCGACAUGGUGCAUUUUAGGUUCUUUAAAUAGGUACAAAACUGAAUCCAGCAAAUAUUAAAGGAGACAUUUUGGGCGGGGGGGGGUGAAUUUAAGUCAACUAGUUUUGUUUCAUGCUGUUAACUCUUUACUUAAAAUAAAAAAUAUAUAUAUUUUUUAAAAUCUUUAUUUAACUAGGCAAGUCAAUUAAGAACACAUUCUUAUUUACAAUGGUGGCCUAGGAACAGUGGGUUAACUGUCUUGUUCAGGGGCAGAACAACAGAUUUUUACCUUGUCAGGGAUUUGAACUUGCAACCUUUCAGUUACUAGUCCAACUCUCUAACCACUAGGCUACCCUGCUGCCUGCUGUUAUACUUAACUUUAUAACUAACCCAAUGCAACAGUAUAACUAACCCAAUGCAACAAUCAAAUCAGUUUAUUAAAAAGUUGCUGUGUGAUUAUUUCUUUUUGUUACUUUGUGGAUAGUGUAGUGUUUUUGAUUUAAUGUGUAUAAAAAAAUCAACAAAGUGCUUAUUACAACAAGGGCUUUGCUUGUUAUUUGCCACUUAUAAGAAACUAUGCAGAGAUGUUUACGGACAUCUGUGAUGCUAUGAUCAUUUCUACACUACUUUUGUCAUGUUCGAAAUGUGCCUUUUCUUUCUUUGUGCCAGAAGGUUUGUAAUAUUUAAUGUGUUUUUAAAUUAAAACGUUUUUUUUGUAUGGGGAAAAAAUAAAGCCUGCAAAGUCCUGUUUUCACUUUGUCACAAGUAGUGAUGAAUUUCAUACCUUUUGGUCAUUUUUCAACUUUACAAAACCAUUUUAAAUGAUGUUCUGUAUUUCCUUGGGUCUCUUCUUCCUCCGCUUUGUGAAGUCGGAACCUUUUCACUCCUUAACAAAACAUGUUAUCUUUCAAAUGGUACGUCUCGUUCAGUAUUGUUUCUAGAUACAUUUCCAUUUAAGGUAUCAUUAUUGUGACACACACCAUUACAAACAAUGCUGUAAAUUAAAGGGAAAUAGCUGGUAAA